AUGGCACAGGAGGUGAGGGCUGAGACCUGGACCUGGCUGCUGCCUGCACAUCAGAGGAGCACACGCAGAGCCCCACUCAGCAAUGCCACCACCGGGGAUGUGGCACCUGCCAGGUCAACAAGACUGCGGGACCCCCAACCCACCGUCAGCACCAGCAUCACACCACCGCCCACCUCCAGCACGUCCCCCCCUGGCACCCCUUUUACAGGGCUGCUCCCUGAGCAAGACAUUGGCUCCCCGCAGCGAGUCCGGGGUGCUGUGGGGCACGGCAGCAUCCCCAAUGCCACUGAGGUUGCCGUGCCCACAGUGCGCCCCACAGCAGGGACACCGUCCAGCACCAGGCGCUCAGACACCACAGGGACGCAGCCCCCUGCCGCCAGCAGCACCGCAGUGCCCUCAGCCACGUGGCAGCAUGGAGUGGUGUGGGUGACGACACAGCGUGCCCCAUGGCAUCCCAUGAAGCUGGAGCCCAGCAAGCCCCCCACAGAGCCCAGCAUCUGUACAGGGGCUUCGUGUGCUGCUGGGAACUCCAACACGACAGCAGUGGGCUGGGCUGAGCUACGCCGUCCCCUUCGCAUCGCCUGGGCCGUGCACGCCUAUGUGGGGGCCGCGCUGUGCCUGCUGCUGGCGUUGGGCUGCAUAGUGGGGCUGGGGGGGACCAUCCUGCAGCGCCCACCCCAAUGCGCCCUACUGCUGGGCACUAUGGGGCUGCUGCUGGCCGCCAGCCUGCUGCGGGGCACCUUCCUGCUGCUGGACCCCUAUGGGGCGCGGGGCCGGCUGCCGCCCCGCUGCAUGCUGCUGCUCUGCUCCGUGCCCUUCACGCUGCUGGUGGGAGCCUUCGCUCUGCUGCUGGGCCGCCUGCAGCGCAUGGCACAGCUCUGCCUGCUGCCCCCCUCCCUGGGGGGGCUGCCCGCACUCGGGGUGACGGCCGUGCUGCAGUGCCUGGCCCCCGUGGCGGCCGAUCUGCUGUGGCCACGAUGGGGUUUAGGCGCGGGGUUAGCGCUGCACGGGGUGGGCUGCGUGUUCGCCACACUGCUGCUGCUGGGGGGGCUGCGGGGCGGCUGGCGGGGGUCCCGCCGCGAGGGGCUGCGAUGCGGGGCGCGGGCGCUGCUGGCGGCGGGGCUGCUGGGGGUGCCGUGCUGCGCGCUGCAGCUGCUCAGCGCCGCGUGGCUGCGGGGCGGCGUGGGCCCGGCCGGGCGCUGCGGGUGGCCCUGCUGGGCGGCAAUGGGAUGGAUGCGGGUGGGAGAGGCGGGCGUAGGGCUGGCGGUGCUGCUGGGGGCGGCCGAACCGCUGUGGCGGGGACGGAGGGAGGAGGCCGCGGGGCAUUCGUGCUGGGCCAAAGCGGUGCGGUACUUCUGCGCCGGGCGCAAGGCCCAAGCGCCCGAAUACCCCAACAACUGCUACGAGCACGCGCCCACCGGAGACAUCUCCAAGAGCCUCAUCCGCAACCCGGCCGAGCAGCUCCCGCUGCGGGCGCUGAAGGACAGCAACGCGGCCGUGGCUGCGGGGACACCGGGCCUCAGCCCCAAGUGCCCCAACGUGGCGGUGGCAGCCAUCCGUGAGCACGGCUCCUCGGCCUCGCUGGGGGAACUGGUCUUCCGCCCGCCGUCCCCCAUCGACCUGCGGCGCAGCAUCGACCAGGCGCUGUGCCGCCGGCACCUGCUGCGCGAGGGGCUGUUCGGGCGGCCGCGCCGCGGCUCCGGCGCCUCCAUCCGCACCUUUGAGCCCCAAACCGGCAUGGCGCGCUGCAGCUCCCUGACCGAGCUGCCCCGCGGAGAGGCCGAUGUGUCCGUCAGCUCCAUGGAGAGCUUCUCGCUGAAGAUCAGCUGGAACCCGUGGCGGCACGGCCUGUCCUCGCCCGACAGCUUGCCGCUGGAGGAGGCGCCCAGCCGGGCGCAGCUGCUGGCCCACCAGGAGACCCCCCCGGCCCUGCAGCCCCCAGGCUCUGAGCCCGAGGCGCGGCGCAGCUUCCUGGCGCUCAGCAGGCAGGUGGACGCCCGCAGCCUCUCCAGCGACACCAUUGAGCUCUGAGGUGUCACCUCGCACAGCCACAUCCCCUCCUGCUGUGACCCUCAGCCAGCU